AUGGUUGUUUGCAGGAGCAUGGGUAAUUGCUUCUCAUCGCGGUCGACGCGCCAGAUGUCGCCAUCGGUCUCGGGCAUUCGCAAUGAACGUGCAUCGCCGAAAUUCUCCGCUGAUCGGAGCAGCGUGGAACCGCUCAAAGAAAGCAACUGCAAUGAAAUGCUAACGCCUCGAAGACAGGAAACACAUGGUGGCCCACAAGGCAAGGAGGUGCUGGUUGCGCUGUAUGCAUAUGAGUCACGAGCAGAUGGCGAUCUUAGCUUCCGAAAAGGCGACAUCAUGUAUUUGCUCGAUCAAAGCAAUUCAGACUGGUGGUAUGUGAAGCAUUCGAAAGGUGGCACAGGCUAUGUGCCGCGAAAUUUCGUCGCAAAGCAGCAGACAGUUGAAAGCGAAGAAUGGUUCGCGGGCCGCAUCGCAAGAAAUCGUGCGGAGAGGCUUGUGCUGGCGAGUAAUCUUCCAAAAGGUACAUUUUUGAUACGUGAACGUGAAGCCGAUACUCGUGAAUAUGCGCUUACGAUUCGAGAUUCGGAUGACCAGCGCGGUGGUACUGUCAAGCACUACAAAAUCAAACGGUAUAACUGGGAGAUUCCCCGAAAUCAGCUUCAGCUGAAAAGGAAGUUAGGCGAUGGCAACUUUGGAGAUGUGUGGUAUGGGAAGUGGCGAGGUAUGGUUGAAGUUGCAAUAAAAACAAUGAAGCCGGGAACAAUGUCUCCCGAAGCGUUCCUCGGGUAA